AUGAGUUCAAAAGAUCAGUGCUAUAAGGUUUUUUCAAAUGGAUUAAUUAUUUCUAUUGGAACACUUCUGGCACUAGCAACUCUUUUUAAAUCAAUUCCUGAUAUUUACACAUAUUAUUCGAGUCAUAUCCACUAUAUUCACGUAGCCAUUUUAGCAUUGACUUAUUUCAUGUGGAUUUGGUCUUGGCUUACUGCAGCAUAUGGCGAUCCAGGAUAUAUUAAAACAGAUUUACAAGAAAGAGGCUUGUUGAAACAAAUUCAACGUGGCGAUAUACCGAAAAAUCUCCAACAUCUCAAAAUUUGUAGUAAGUGUGGACUACCAAUGCCUAAAGGCUCUGUACAUUGCGACGAUUGCAAAACUUGCGUUUUACGAAAUGAUCAUCAUUGCGGAGUCAUAGUUAAUUGUGUUGCAGAUAGGAACUUUAAGGCAUUUGUACUAGGGUUUUUCUAUGCAGGACUACUUUCGACCGUUUGCGGAAUCUAUUCUAUUAUUUCAUGCGUUAUAACCAAAGAAAACUCUGAUAUUAGCAUUAUUUCAUUAAUUACUGGAGUGUAUGGCCUCGUUAUUGCCGUCAUGAUGUUUUGUUUUACGGGAAUUUUCCUUUGCACUAACUUUAACGAAACACAAAAAGGACAAAUCUCAUUAUCUGACUAUGUGUCAUCAUUUGGUCAACACAUUUAUCAAUAUUUCAUUCCAUUACAAAGAAAGUCCACAAAGCUCGCCUGGCCUGACGUGGAAUGGGAAUUUGAUGAACCUUUGAUGCUAUUAUAG